CUCCAACAGGACAAGGAACAAAAGUAUGUGCCUGUAAUUUCCUCAUUGUUUCUGAAGGAAUCGAGUUCUUUGGCCUCAUAAGCUUUCACGUUUUCCCCUUUGAGCAUUCUUCUCAAAGCUAGUGCCUUGUGAGAACACUCAUGACUUGUCACCGUUGCCUUUUUGUUAUCGUCUUCCACAAAAUUUUGUCCAUGACGACAUAAAGAAUCUGCGCAUUCUUGCAAUCUAAGUAUAUGAAAUCUUGUAACAGCUGAUGUGGGACGGAAGAAAUUUCAACAUUCAUUCCUUAAGGAGUUAUUUUAAUAAUCUCGUGUUGGAGCAAUCCAGAUUAUAUGGGGGCUGAUCAAGUUCCAUGACGGUCCUCAUAGACCGAUAAGAAUCGUCAUGGUCAACGCAUUAACCAAAGAACCGUUGAUUUUGUCAUAUCUGUUUCAUGAGGAUACCUUAACGGUACUCCUCCCUGGGCCACUCUCAUAUGGGUCUGGGCUUGAUCCAGUUACUAUCUAAAUGCGCCUACGAGCCUAAAGAUAAGUAUUAAAGGAGGAUAGAAUUGUAUUCAACCAAUAGGAGCGUAAUCCCACUAUAACAAGGACUCUUGCCAGCUCUUAUAAAUACCCUGUUGAUCUGAGUCAUAAGGUACGUUCACAAUCAUUAAUAUACUCCACUUGAGAGCUACUGGUUUACCCAAUUGCUGACUUAGGCAUCGAAGGGGUGUUCCUCGGAUCAAUCCUCGAGGAAAGUUUACGUGUUCUAUUUUGCAGGACAUCAAACACGCUUAUAUUCGCAGAGGAUACCGGUUCACACCUUACCACUUAUUUCAUACCGGAACAAUUGGCGCUAGAAGGAGGGGUGAACUAUACCUUUAAGUCUCAAGCCACAAUUUUGCCAGCAUAACUACUCUCAUGGAUCCUAAUCAGGAUUUGGGAUGCUGGAAACUGAUGAGAACAAUGUCCCACUAGGGAAAGCACCACCAGGUUUUGCAACUCCGUAACCGGUGGUAGGAUCGUCUAAGCCACCCACAGACAAGGGGAAGAAAAUCACUGAGACCCCUCAGUCGGGUAUCUUUGAGGCGCUCCAGCACAUGUUCACUCCAGAACAACUCAAGGGUGCAGCGAAUGUUUUCUAGGCCAUGGCCAGCCAGACACUAUCGACCGGUCAAGCAGGUAGUGUCCUCUGAGUAGAACCCAUAGUCCAGUGAGAAAGAUGUGCUCACUGGCAACGGGUCGCUAGGGAGACCAAGGCAGGAUUGACCAGGAUCAGGUAGCAAAAUCGAAGACCUCCACUGAGCAGGUGGGGGGAGAGAACAAAGAAGAGGCUCAAGAGACCAAGAUCCAACAGUCAACUCAGCUAGAAGGGAAAGAGAAUAUCGAUGAAGGACGCCGCUAUCCCAAGAAAAUCUCCCUUUUCUACUGCCAUCCUCCAGGAGCUCAUGGAGAAAAUCAAAAUGCCGACAUGCAAGUAUGACGAUAAGACUGAUCCGGAGGAUCAUAUCUCGGCGUAUGAGGGCCACAUGCUACUGUACACUGACACCUACUCGGUAUGGUGUAAGGUGUUUCCCUCUACGUUGACUAGACUUGGGCAGACAUGGUUUAAGAGCAUACCACCGGCAACUGUCUUCGAAGUCCGCCAACUUACUUCCAUGUUCGUUACGCAUUUCGUCAGUAAUAAACGCAGGGAGAAAACUACCGGCGAACGAGCUGAUGUCCAUCAAGCAAGGAGACUCAGAGAGCUUGAGGGACUACGUGGGGCACUUCAAUGUAGAAAUCGUCACCAUCCCUAGUAUGCAGCAAGAGGUAGCCACUAGGGGAAAAAAAGGAAGGGCUGCGCAUUUCUUAAAAGCGCAGCCCUACUAAGUGAAGGGCUGCGUUUUUUGGGGCACGCGCAACCCUUCAUGGGCUUUUUUUUUAUUUUGAAAAAAGCGCAUUGGGCUUAAAAGACAAAGUGACUAGGGUUUACUCCCACCCUCCCUCAUUCUCUCAGUCUCUCGCGCGCUCAUUCUCUCAACCCUCACAAAAUCUCGUUCUCUCUCUCCUCUCUCACAACGGCGUCUCUCAUUCUCUCAACCCUCACAAAAUCUCAUUCUCUCUCUCCUCUCUCACAACGGCGUCUCUCAUUCUCUCAACCCUCCCUCGUCUCUCAAUCUCUCUCGUCUCCUCAUUCAUCAAAAGUGACCAUAUUCCGGUGAGCACGAAGUCGAAGUCUCUCGUCUCAAUCUGCCGAAGUCGAAGUCUCUCAUCUCAAUCUGCUGAAGUCGAAGUCGCCUCGUCUCUCAAUCUGCCGAAGUCGAAGUCGAUGUCAAUCUGUCGAAGUCGAAGUCGAUGUCUCUCUCUCGUCUCAAUCUGCCGAAGUCGAAGUUGAUGUCUCUCUCCGACGAGUUUGGCGGUGGUCUUGUUAGAGAUUUCAACCUCAGAUCUAUAAUUUUAGGUUUUUUUUUUCAUUUUUGUUUAUUUUUUAUCAUUUUUUUGUUUAUUUUCAGAUUAAUUUAUUUUUUUAGGGUUAUUUUUUUUUUCAUUUUUGUUAAUGUUCAGAUUAUUUCAUUUUCAGAUCUAUAAUUUUAGGGUUAUUUUUUUCAUUUUUUGUUCAUUUUUGUUAAUUUUUGUUAAUUUAUGUUUUUAUUUUCGUUCCUUUUUUUUUUUUCUAUUGUUCGUUUUUUUUCAUUUCAACACUAAGAUUUCUGGAAUAAUUAUUGUUUUGUUAUAUCUGUUAUUUAAUUUCAGUUGUAUAUUAUUACAUUAUUUUGGUUGUUUAAUGAUAUUCAUCACGCCUUUGGUUGUUGCUGUUUUAUCAGAUUAUAUAUUAUUUCAAUUUUUUUUUUAGUCUAAAAGGGCUGCGCUUUUUACUUAAAAACGCAGCCCUUUACUUGUCGAAGGGCUGCAUUUUUAGGUAAAAAGCGCAGCCCUUCACUUGUAGAAGGGCUGCGCUUUUUAGUAAAAAGCGCAGCCCUUUGUUGUGAAGGACUGCGUUUUACAAGCGCAACCCUACUUGAAAAGUGAAGGGCUGCUAUUGAAAGGGCUGCUGUCAAAAAGCGCAGCUCUACAGGCCAUUUUCAGCGCAACCCUUCUUCAUUUUUCCACUAGUGAGCGGUCUUAGCCCUGAUGACAUCUUUAAAAGAAGGGACUGCCUUCAGAAGCUACCUGGGACACAAAAAGCUGACAAGCCUGACAGAAGUCUUGGGGAAGGCAAAUGACUUCAUCCGUGGAGAAGAGUUCGACAAGGCGGCAACUGCUAAAAGGCCGGAAGGAGAUGGAAAGGAGAAGAAGGACAAGUACCGGAAGGAUAAGAAGCCGGACAUUCCCGGCAGGUGAGAGGAAAAUAAUUCGGUAAAGAAGGGUCAGGAAGAGCGAUCUGACCAAUACCGCAAUUACACACCUCUGACCAUGUCAGGGUAGAGAUCUACGAACUCCACAAGAAAGACGAUAAGUGGCAACGGCCUCGAAAGAUGUACUAUAAGGACCCGGAUAAAUCGAAGUGGUGCGAGUUCCAUAGGGAUUACAGUCAUGUCACAGAUGACUAUAAAGACCUGAAAGAUGGGAUAGAAGACUUGGUGCGAAGAGGCUACUUACGCAGUACCAAGCAAGAAUUGACCGGAAAUCCUUGUCGUGAGAAGACGAAAACGGCAACAGGAAGUCUGUGAAAGACCGGAUUACUGAAAUUCACGUCAUCUCAGGAGGUCCGGUGCAUGGGGGAAGUAUACAUGGUGCUAAAGCUAGCCUGAAGGAGGUUAGGCACCAAGUGAAUUAUCACAACACCGGAGAGUGGUCGGCACCCCCAAACACGCCGUCCGUGGCCUUCACGUUAGAGGACGCUAAGGGAAUCAUCUAUCCUCACGAUGAUCCCUUGGUAGUAUAUCCGCAAAUAUCAACAGCGAUGGUCCAUCGCAUACUGGUAAAUGGCGGCAGCUCAGCUAACAACUUGUAUAAAGGCACAUUUGAAAAAAUAGGCCUCGAAGUGUCAUGUCUAAAGCUGGUCUCGUAUCCCGUGAUCGAACUUACAGGGGCAUCUGUUGUCCUAGAAGGAACCAUCAAGUUACCAGUAAAGAUAGGUGAAGGAUCCCAAUCCAGGGAUAUGAUGGUCGAAUUUCUCGUCAUCGAAGUCCCGGUUGCCUAUAACGCCAUCAUUGGGUGACUUCUAAUCCAUGAUGCGCAGGCGGUAAUGUCCACCUAUCAUUUGACAAUGAUUUACACGUCAAACAUAGGGAAGCCGGAAAAGAUCAAGGGGAAUCAAGAGUCAGCCAGGGCAUGUUACCUGACGGCCCUCAAGAAUUCCGAUCACAAGCGGCCGGGAGAGACGCCGCCAUUAGAGAGAAAAAGGCGUCGGAUAGAGAAUAAGGAUAAACGAGACCUGUCAAUGGAAAACUUUUAGGGAAGGCCGGCAGACCUACCGAGACCUAGCCCGGAAGGCGAGACAAAGGAAAUUAGCCUAGAGUUGCACAGGCCGGAAAGAACGAUGAAGAUUGGGGCAGACUUGGCAGCUGACAUCAAGAUUCACCUGAUAAGCCUCUUGUGAGACCACGCCAAUGUCUUUGCUUUUUCCGCAGACGAAAUGCUGGGAAUUGACUCAGCAUUUAUGGUCCACCAGUUUUACGUCAAUUAGGACGUAAGACCGGUAAAACAAAAGAGGAGGAACUUCUCCUCAGAGAAGAACGCAUCCAUCAAGAAAGAGGUCGAUAAACUGCUGGCGGCAGAUUUCAUCGAACCCUGUGACUAUCCGGAGUGGUUAGUCAAUGUGGUAAUGGUCAAGAAGGCCAACGGGUCAUGGCGGAUGUAUGUAGACUUCACUAACCUCAACAAGGCUUUCCCCAAGCACUGCUACCCAUUGCCUAGGACUGGCCAGUUGGUAGACUCCACAAGCGGCCACGCUGUGCUGAGCUUCAUGGAUGCCUUUUCUGGGCAUCAUCAAAUCAGCCUGCUAGAAUCUGACAGAAGCAAAGCGGCCUUCAUCACCGAUGCAGCGGUAUACGCUUACAAAGGCAUGUCGUUCGGUCUCAAGAAUGCCGGUGCUACCUAUCAAAAGCUAGUAGACAAGAUCUUUGAGCAUCAGAAAGGCGGAAUGUGGAGGUGUACGUCGAUGACAGUAUCGUAAAACGCAUCACGGAAGAAACUCAUUUCAUCGAUGUAGGGGUGACAUUUGCAACCCUCCGCAAGCAUCAAAUGAAGCUGAACGCUAAAAAGUGCGUAUUUGGGGUGAGGUCCGGCAAGUUUCUAGGCUUCAUGGUAAGCGAGAGGGGAAUAUAUGCCAACCCCGAAAAGAUCAGGGCCAUCAGCGAGCUACCUGAGCCAAAGAGCAUUCGAGACAUCCAAAAGCUGACAGAUAGUAUGACGGCCCUAACCAGAUUUGUCUCCAAAUCGACAGAAAAAGCCCUACCAUUCUUCAAAGUCCUUAGAGGAAAUAAGAAGUUCGAAUGGGGGGAUAAGCAAAAGCAAGCCUUCGAACAAGUCAAGGAGCACUUCAAGAGGCUGCCAACGAUAUCUUGGCCGGAACUUGGGGACAAACUGCAGCUGUACGUCUCGGUAUCUGAGAAGACGGUAGUUGCGAUGUUGCUGGUUGAGAAGCAGGGGAAGCAAAGCCCCAUAUACUUCAUAAGUCAUGUCUUGGCGGGAGCAGAACAAAGGUAUGCACUGCUGGAGAAGAUGGCAUAUGCCGUGCUCAUAGCGGCAAGAAAGCUGAGACCAUACUUCGACUGCCAUACCAUUAAAGUUCUCACCAACCAGCCUUUAGAAAAAGCACUCCAUACGCUCGAUACAACUGGAAGACUGCUCAAGUGGGAAAUAGAGCAGUAAGAGUUUGACAUUGAGUACCGGCCUCGCACGGCUAUUAAGGCCCAAGCAUUGGCAGACUUCAUUGUCGAGACAACAUACGCGGAUGCAACUGAUCUUGCCGGUAUCUGGCAAAUAGCUGUUGAUGGUUCAGCCGCACAAGCAGGAGCAGGGGCCGACAUAGUAAUGACGUCCCCAGAAGGGGAGAUUUUUUAGUAUGUCGUACGUCUUGGUUUCAAGGCUUCCAAUAACGAGGCAAAAUAUGAAGUAGCCCUGGCCGGAAAAAGCCUGAGCAUUGCAACGGGGGACAAGAAGAUUCUGAUGAUGACCGACUCCCAACUGGUAUCAAGCCAAAUAGAGGGCACCUACGAAGCUCGAGAGUCCGUCAUGUAAAAGACCUGUGUAAGGUCAAAAGCAUGACGGUCGGAUUGGAGAGCUUCGAAGUGAAGUUGGUACCACGGACAGAGAACAUGGCGGCCGACGCCCUGUCCAAACUAGCUAGCUCAAGUACCAGUGACAUGAAGGGAGUGUCAUGGUCGAGACACUGUCAGAGAUAAGUGUUGACACGUCCCUAUCUGUAGUUAACACCGUCAGUCAGGGAAUCGAAUGGUAUGAUGAUAUAAUGGCCUACAAACUGACUAACACUCUACCAGAGGACAAGAUGGCGGCCAAGAAGAUCCGAAGGGACUCACCAUGGUACUGCAUCUUCCAACGCUAGUUGUACAAGAAAGGUUUCUCACUGCCACUCCUAAGGUGCAUAACGGCCCACGAGGCCACGAAAGUCAUUGAAGAAAUACACGAGGGAGUGUGUCGAAACCAUAUCGGCGGGAAAACGUUGGCCUUAAAGGCACUCCGAGAAGGAUUCUACUGGCCUACCAUGCUCGCAGACGUACAAGCCUACGUAAUAAAGUGCGACGAGUGCCAAAGAGUUGACUCGGUGAUCAACCAACCGACAAAUGAUUUGCAGCCAAUUCUUAACACAAUCCCUUUUUCUCAGUGGGGGAUGAACAUUAUAGGGCCAUUUGCACCGGCAUCAGGGGGGAAGUUCCUCAUUGUGGGUAUUGAUUACUUCACAAAAUGGAUUGACGCAGAACCGACCGCAAAGAUAACGGCCAACCAAGUGAAGAAAUUCAUCUGGCAGAACAUCAUCAUGAGAUUCGGGAUCCCUAUGGGAAUUGUCAUGGAUCAUGGCAUCUAGUUUGAUUGCGGCCCUAUCAAAAGCUUCAUGAGUCUCUACGGCAUCAAGUUCGCAUACUCGUUAAUAUGCCACCCUCAGAGUAACGGUCAGGUCGUCAAGCAGACGCCGCCAAUAAGUAGAUCUUCAACGCACUAAAGAAAAGACAAGAUGAUCUGAAGGGUGCAUGGGCAGACAUGGUUCCAGCAGUACUAUGGUCUAACAGGACCACUGAAAAGGAAGCUACCGGCGAGACGCCCUUGAGCCAGGCCUUUGGGGCAGAAGCGGUGUUACCGGUCGAAGUAAGUUUGCCCAACUAGCGGAUCCUGAACUAUGACCCAGAGCUGAAAGACAAGCUGCACAAGAAAGAUUUGGACCUCCUGCUAGAGGUCAGGCUCGCUGUAGAGCUAAGGUCGGCAGCAUAUAAAGAUCGGAUCAGCAGGGCCUAUAAGAAGCAAGUGCGAAGCCGGCCAAUAAAAGCAGGAGACCUGGUACUCAGACGUACAACGACUACUGGUAAGGCACAUACCGACGGAAAGCUCACAACCAAUUGGGAGGGACCCUAGCUAGUAAAGGAAGAAAUCGUCCCAGGAGCAUACCGGUUAGAGGACAUGUCCGGCAAGCUGUUGAAAAAUAGCUGGAAUGCCAGCGUCCUAAAGAAAUACUAUGUCUAAGUAUUUAGCGAUAUUGAUUAGUUAGCCAUAAGGGGCAUUGUAGCCAGUAGUUGCAUUUUCAAUUCCUAUUAUAGGCAACAAUAAUUCCGGAUAAGCCGGGAAGAGCCGUUUUAUUUAAUAAAAUGAGCAUCUUCUAUAAUCUUUAUUUAACAAGUUCUAUAACGGUCAACGACCUACGCGGAUCUACCGUUAAACAGCAACUUCAUCUGAACGAAGGCCUUGGUGGUCCAUGACCAAUUACGCAAGUCCAUUCACGGUCAAUGACCAAUUAGGAUCUGCCGUCAGGAGCGACCCUAAAACAACGAAUAAUUACCGGUCAAUGACCUUAUUGGAUCUGCUGGAUUAAUUCGAUGAGCGAUACAUUCUUAACCGGUCAAUGACCUUUGUUGUCUCAGGCAGAGGUCUUUACCGGAUUGCGCUGCCUCUCAUAGUCGAACGGAUAAGAAUUAUCAUAUAUAAAACAUAGGGAAAUUCUAUAUGGUGACCUUGUAUUAUUUUAAAUUCUAUUUGGUAGCCAAAAAUAAACUUCUUUACAUAUCGUGACCUAUAAUUAGCUUGCAGUUAGGAAACGUGACAUUACAAACUAAACAAACGUUAGUUGACUUAAAAUUUUGAUUUUAAAGUUUGACUUCUCUCUUUGCCAUGUUUUUCUUCUGAACCAAAAACAACUUUAUCCCUGUUCAAUUGCGAUUCAGGCGUAAAAAUUUUCCUCACUUGCGAAUUUGGGGCAUUUUUUGAGCGAGCUUCGAAUGCGAUUCAACCCUAAACCCUAAUUUUUUAAGCGAGCUUCGAAUGAAAGAGUGCAAUUGAGGAGUAAGGUUGCAAAAAAGGUUCGAUUUUUGGCAUCUCCUGGGUUUGUAAAGGUUCGAUUAUUGUCCAGGUAUGUCGAUUUUUUUCUGAAUUUCGUUGGUUUUUUUGUUCUUCUCUUCAUUUUGUAGUUGUUGAUACUAUGUUUAUGUGUUUUUCUUGCAUGUAUAUUUUGCUCUUGAAGAAUGUCUGAAGCUGUGGUUUUGAAAUUUCAAUAUAAAGGUUUUGAUGUUGAUUUGGUUGUAAGUGAUAUUGAUACUGUCAAUUUAAUUGACUUAGUUAUAGAGUACGAAGAUAAGGCCCGGGAAAACAAAAUUCAAGUAUCAAAGAACCCUUUCUUUAAUUAUGUGUUUAAGAUGAAACACAUUGAAUUACAAACUGACAGUGACUUAAUGAAAAUGUUUGCUAACUUACCUGGGUCUAAGUUAAUCUACAUUUGGGUUGGGGAACUUAGUGAACCAUCUGAACUCAUGAAGGCUGUGAAAAGCUUAAGGUCUGGGAAGAAAGUUGUGGAGAGUAAUGAUGGGUUGUCACAACCUAAUGCACCCUCUUUGAAACCAACUGCCACUAACACACCUAGGAGGAGCCAAAGGCAUAGUGAAGUUCAGAUAUGUUCUGCUACUGAAUUUCUUGACACAAUUAAUUCCUCUAUCCCUUAUUCACCAAAUGACAAUCCAGUUAACCUAGCAAUAGAGGAAACAUGGAUUGAUGUAAUAAAUGAAGGUGUACCCACCAGUCCAGUGAGAGGUAGGGGAAGAGGUAGGGGGAGAGCUAGCCUUAAGGGAAGAGGUACAGGAAAGGGAAGAGGAAGGGGGAGGGCUCAUGUAACUAGGGAAGAAAAUGAACCUGUGAAACACAUUCCAUUGUUACAUAGUCCUAGUACUAGCCCUAGCCAUAAAACAAUAGUGACUACUAUUAGUACUACUGUGAAUGACAUGAAUCUAGUUAUGUUACAACCUAAUACUGCUUCUGGUACAACUGAGGGUUCAUCAAAGGCAUCUAAAACUACAUCUGCUGGAGCAAAAAAAAUCCCUAAAACCACUGCACCUAGAAAAGGGUUGAAUGUGAGGCCUACUAGUGGGAACAGUAGCAGCCAUGGAACUGAUCUUAACAAUGCUGCAAUUAGUUUGCAUACAGAUCAAGGGGGGCAUAACUUGGAUGAUGAUGAAAUGUACUCACCUACUGGAAAUGGGACUGACACUGAUGAGAGUUUGGUCUCUGAGGAUGGCUUAUCUGAUGAUGAUGGUUUGGAAAACAUUCAUGAUGAGUAUGACCCAUAUGAGGGCCAUGAUUUUGAAGAUGAUGAUGAUGAUGAUGAUGUCAAGAUUGAUGGAAAACAUGAAUCCAACUACUUGAAGAGGCUAUACCAUAAUGGUGAGGUAUAUGGUGAUGAUGAGUUUGGAAAGAUAGUGCUUAGGCCUUGGAUGUUAUUUCUAGACAAGCAUCAUUUGAGAAGUGUGGUGAGAGAACACUGCAUUCAAUGUAGGUUCUCUGUGGUUGUUAACAAAGCUAGUAACACUAGGUUUACUGCAAUAUGUUCUGGCCAGGGUUGUAUGUGGAGAUUACAUGCUUCAAGGCUACCAGAUGGCACAACUUGGGUCAUCAAACCCAUCCAAAACUCAGAACACACUUGUCUGGGGUUAGAAGUGAGCAACCAAAUGGUAACCUGCAAGUGGGCAAAAGAGAAGCUACUGGAUGAUAUCAGAGCAAAUAAUGACAUUAGUGCAAAGUCUCUGAAUGAGUUGUUAUGGCAGAGAUAUGGAAUCCAAAUGAAACAGAGCACUAUUUACAAGAUGAGGGCAGAAGCAUUGAUAGAAAGACAUGGGGGGCAUGAUGUUUCUUAUAGUUUAUUGCCUAGAUAUUGUGAAAUUGUCAAAAAAACAAACCCUGAGUCUAUUGCAAUUUGUGCAUGGACACCCCCGAUCAUCCAGAAAGACCAUUGUCUUUCUCUUCUAUAUUCAUUGCUCUGAAAGGACCUCUGAAGGGGUUACUUGCUGGAUGCAGAAGUUUGAUAGGUGUGGAUGGUGCACACCUUAAGGGUAACUAUGGGGGCAUUCUUUUUUCUGCAAUAGCCCUUGAUGGCAAUAAUGAAAUUUUCCCCUUUGCUUGGGCUAUUGUACCUGGUGAGGAUGGUGAAAGUUGGGCAUUCUUUGUGUGGCAUUUAAAGAAUGCAUUGAAGGAUAGUGGUAGAGGUGACAACUGGUGCAUUAUAUCUGAUAGGUAAAAGGGAAUUGACAUGGCAUUGACUGAGCAUUGGCCAAAAGUUGGGAGAAGGUAUUGCUGUAAACACUUAAGUAAAAACUGGAAGAGGGUCUUUGGAGGUCCUCUACUGUUCAGUUUAUUUUGGAAGGCUUGUGGAGCCACAUCUAAGUUCACUUUUAAGAAGGCAAUGGAAGCUUUGGACAAAGUAAAUCCUAACACAAGAGUAUGGCUUUCAAAGUUAGGAGAUCAAAGUAGGUGGACAAAGUGGCAAUUCAACCCUGAUAUUAAAAGUGAUGUUAAUAAGACAAACUUCGUGGAAAGCUUUAAUGCUACACUUGGCAUAGAUAGAUGCAGGCCUGUGUUGACACUUCUAGAAGGUAUAAGAAGAGUAACAAUGGUCAGGCUAGCAUCCAGAAGGCAGAUUUGUGAGGGCUGGGAAAACACUGACAUAUGUCCCAAUAUUGUCAAGAGGGUACAAACCUUAUGCCAAGAUUCAAGGACUUGCAAAGCUUAUUUCUCUGGUCAAGGAGAAUUUGAAGUACAUGAUGGGAGGUCAGUUCUGCCAGUGAGCUUGAUUAACAGAACUUGUGCUUGUAAUUUGUGGCAAAUAAGUGGAAUACCAUGUAAAUAUGGUAUGAGGGCCAUUUUACAUGCCAAAGAGGAUCCUCACAAGUAUGUAAGCAGUUGUAUAGUGUG